UGGGAGGAGCUCAACGAAACUGAAGGAGGAUCUGCAAAGAGGAGAUGCCAGCUGAAAGUGAGCAUCACACAUUCCCAGACCUGUAUUAGCCCAUACUAAAAAGCACUAGUUAGCCACCUAUAUCCAAUACAUAGCACUGGUAAAGGAAACCUCGGACACCUCUUCCACAAGCCAUGGAUGGUCAGGAGAUGCCCUCUCCAUCACGGACGGAUUCUUCAGAGGAACUCAGCUCAUCAGCGCACCUGACUAAAGGAAUGUCUAUCUUCCUAGAUAUACUGAGACGAGCAGACAAGAACGAUGAUGGGAAGUUAUCCUUUGAAGAAUUCAAGGCUUACUUCGCUGAUGGAAUUCUAAGUGCCGACGAACUCGGCGAACUUUUCCGCAAGAUCGAUACUCACAAAACUGAUAAUCUGGACACAGAAGAAUUAUACGAUUACUUUUCUCAGCAUUUGGGAGAAUAUGAAAAUGUGCUUGCAGCACUGGAGGACCUCAAUCUUUCCAUACUGAAGGCAAUGGAUAAAACAAAAAAACAAUAUCAAAAUGCCUCAAAAUUGGAACAGUUCGUGACGCGUUUUUUGUUGAAGGAAACACUCAACCAGCUGCAGUCUCUCCAGAACUCUUUAGAAUGUGCUAUGGAAACCACUGAAGAGCAGACACGCUUGGAAAGACAGGGUCCUGCAAAGCCAGAAGUCCUUUCGAUCCCAUGGUCGGGAAAGCGAUCAAAUCGAAGACUUCAAAGGAACAACAGCUUUUCUCCAAACAGCCCUCAGUUUAACCUUGGCUUGUUAGAUGAAGAUAACCAGUGGAUGACCCAGAUAAACAGACUUCAGAAACUAAUUGACAGACUGGAAAAGAAGGAUCUAAAGUUGGAACCACUGGAGGAAGAGGUUUUAGACGGAAAUACAAAAUCUCACAUAAUGAUUGUUCAGCGCCAAUUAUCUGUGCUAACAGAAGAACUAGACGAAUUUCGUCUCUCCCUGAAACACUAUGUGGAGUCAGUUUCAUCUCAAACCGGGUGUUUGCACGUUGCCAUUCAGAAGCUUUCGAACGAGUCUCGGUUCAUAGUUUAUGAAUUUUGGGAAAGCAGCAGCAUUUGGAAGAACCACCUUCAAAGCAAUUACAGCAAGACCUUUCAAAGAAGUAACGUUGACUUCCUGGAAACUCCAGAACUCAUGACGACAAUGCUUGUACCUGCUUCUUGGUGGAUACUGAAUAACAAUUAGGUCUGCUCUUCAUAUCUGCUGUGGAAGUGUGGUAAAUGUGCAACACUGUACAAUACUGUACUACGUCAUGUACCUGUGUGUCUGUUCAUGGCUUGCCUAAUGUAAUCAUACAACUCUUGUGACAUGCUAAGAAAA